GCUUAUCGGCUUUGCACGUGCACCAGCCAUGACGCGUUUUGCACGCUACUCCACCAAGGGCAUCCAGAAGCCGCCCUGUGAAGCCACGCCAUGGUCAGAGCUGGCUCCUCCAACGGCCGCCACCGAACCGUUGGCCCGUGCCAACGACCCGGGCAAUAAAGCAAGCAUGAAGAAGAAUAAGGGUAAGCAAAAUCAAAAGGCAAAGCACCAUGUGGCAAAUAAGCCGUCUGCAUUGAAACCCGGCAAAAAAUUCGGUGGGCCAAAACAUGAAAAUAAAAAGUCUGGUAAACAGACUGGCAUGCCCGAAUCUGAAUUGGAUGACAGCGGUGUUUGCGCACCAACUGUUCUUACGACUGGCCUCGCCGGUACUGCGCAGCCGAUGAAGGACGUGGACACCAGUGAAGCAAGUAGUGGUGCCAUGAGUCUUAAAAACAAAGUCGCAGGAACUGCUGAAAAGUCAAAGAAAUCGAAGAAAUCAAAAAAGGUUGUUCAGAAAGUGAGCGCGGAGGCAAACGGAGAUUUAGGUGAAACUGCUUCCGGACAAUUGGAAAAACACGUUUCCGCCAAGGUCACUAAGAAAGGCCUGAAAAGAAAGGAUGGGGCAGCCAUUUCAAAUAAUGUCAAACGGCAAUGCAAGAGCAAGCGCGAUGAAGACUGCGGAAGCCCUGAGAUCAUUGGUGCACCUCACAUCUCUCAGCGACCCGGCGUAGACUCGGAGGACCCCGCAGAGGGUGUCACGAACAGUGACCCUGCAACAGCGAAACCGAACGGCUUCGGGAGACAAGUCCAGAAGAAGAAGAAGCGCAAGAAGCCGCGGACCAAGACGCCUGUCGGCGCGGCACCGUCUGGGCCGCCGAUCCUGGCCGAGAACCGGCUGAUGACCCAGUUCGACGGCUAUUGGGUGCGGCGGCGCGCCGUGCCGCGGCUCGAGCGCGUGCGAGCGGAGCUGGCCGCCGCCAUCACCGACCCGCAGAAGCUCAAACGCGAGAUGAAGAAACGCAAGCGCGCCGAGCACCGCAAGCUGCUGUCGUUGCUGGCGGCGCGCGGCGGCGGCGCGCCGACGACGGCCUCCGCCCGGCUGGAGGACGCUGACGACGGCGAGGAGGCCGACUCUGCCGAUGACGACGCCCCCCAGUCCUCGGAGGGGUGCGUGAAGGAGCGGCGAUCGGCCGGCGAGCAGGCAGCGACGGCCCCGCCGUCGGCACCCGACGACCGGCAGGCUCCUCGGCGCGACGGCGGCGGGCCGCAGCGCGAGGAGCGCAUGGUGAAGUUUGACGGCGUCUGGAUGACGGGUGACGCCGUCGGCCGGCUGAAGGAGCUGCGCCGCCAGCUGAAGCUGCAGCGCGUCUCCGACGUCGUGCUGAAGCAGACGAUGAAGACUGCUCGCCGUCGCGAGGAGAUGAAGCGCAAGCGAGACGCCAAGAAGGUGUGCCUGGGCUGCCGGCAGCCGGGUCACCAGGUCAGCGAGUGCCCGCAGCGGACCGGCGGCGGCCAGACGCCCGUCACCGGCCUCUGCUUCCGCUGCGGCUCCACCGAGCACCGGCUGAGCGAGUGUCGCGCCAAGCAGGGCGACGGCGGCCUGCCGUUCGCCGUCUGCUUCGUGUGCGGCCAGACGGGCCACCUGUCGCGCGAGUGCUCCCUCAAUCCCAACGGCGUGUACCCGCGCGGCGGCGCGUGCAAGGUGUGUCACCAGCGUUCGCACCUGGCCGACGACUGCCCGGAGCGGCGGGAAGAGGAGGCGGCCGCCGGCGCGCCGCGCCUCGCCACGCUGGCGAGCGGCGCCGCCCUCGAGGACGACUACGAGCACGACUUCCGCACGGUACCGGCGACCGAGGCCGGCCGGCCGGCGGCGUUCGUCGCCAGGAAGCCGCGCCAAGUCAAGUUUUAGUGGCUGUCGGAGCUGGAGCGAUGUGGACAGGGUCAGAACUGGGGACGUGGGCGGUAACGGGCGUGGCGUUGGAUGCCGCCUGCUGUUGGAAAUAAGAUUAGUAGCGAGGAUGCCGCUUUUGGGUCGAUGUCAUUUUGUUGUCGGCCGUGAGAGUGCCGUGGAGCCGUGAAUGAUACUUGAAGCAUCCGACAUGAGAUAACAUCAUCGGUCGCUGGAUUUGAACUAGCCGUUGUUAUCCGGGAGGUGUUGGAGGGAUGAAAGACUGCUCGCAAUAAGAACACGUUACGACGCCAGGAAGGUCAUACUUCCUUGACUAUGACGGAUUCCGCUUAAAAUACGCUUUCCUCCUCAGACCCAUCUUUCUCCAAAAACCGGCAAUGUCAGUUUAAAUUAGUUACCAACGAAGUUUGGCGCAUGCAAAGUGCCAAGCAUCGGGUUUUAGUAAGUUUAGAUAUUUUCGUACGUAAAAACGUGGGUAAGUUUAAAACCUUGUUCAGGCUGCAUACAAAACAUGUAAAAACUAUAUUAGCGAGGUCUGUGGAAAUAUACCGACAUUUUUUACCUAUGAAGGAUUCUCAUCGGCUGCUGAGGUGAGAACAACGACAGCGCCUGCUGGCGUUGGCCAGAUAAAACGUUAGUGGGGCUAUGUACGAACAUGUGCAUGGUAACGGUUAGCUCUAACCAUUUGGGUGAAUUUCUGGGGUCAGUAUCCACGCCAACUGUUGUUCGUUGCGUGGG